AUGCACGCGCUGGACCUCGCCCACCGCGACGUCAAGCCGGAGAACGUGCUCGUCGACGUGCGCGGCGAGGCCUUCCGGGACGUGCGCGUCAAGGUCUGCGAUUUAGGGCUCUCGGCGCCGCUCCGGCGGCGGAAGGACUUGGGGCUCUCGGCGCCGCUCCGGCGGCGGAAGGACGCCGGGGAGGCCGCCGCGUCGCCGGACUGCUGCUGCGGGUCCAUGGGCUUCUUCGCGCCGGACAUGCUCGACCCGGCGGGCUACGACGGCGCGCGCGCGGACGUCUGGUCGCUGGGG